AUGGCAACCAACAAUGCGCCAACCUCCUCCGUUGCGCCGGUGAUGGCGGCAACGGCACCUGCGGAUAAGCUCCCGCGAGCGCCUAGCCAGGUCGACGAUGGCGAUGACUCGGAGUGGGAGUACGAAUACUCGACCACUGAGACUGAGACAUACUACUUGACCGUCGAUCUCUCUAUUCCGCAGCUCCUCCGUCGAAGACGUAACGCGCCGGUGUCAGGACGAGGCGGAUAUCACUAUAAGCAUUGGGCCGGCCCUCACAAGAAACCCGACGAACCCAAGCACCACCGCAUCUUAUCGGACGACGAGAACGACGAUGAACCCGCGCCCGAACCCGAGGACGAAGGAGAUCUGGACCAGAAUCAAAUGGACCCCAACGGAGAGAAGAAUGCGGAUAACGCCGACGCCGAGAGCGAGUCGGAUCCGGCUGCAGACAUACAAAUUCUAGACUUGCACUCCGACAAGCCCAUGUUUGCGUACAAGGGGAAGGUUUUUGAAGGGCAAUGGGCACGGAAUCUUGGAACAGAAGUCAUCUUCGCUGAGCACAACGAUGAAGAUCUCUUGCCGACGCUGCGGCAUCUACCUGGCGGUGUAGACAUGCUGGCGGCCAGCUGGUCGCGAAUCAACACUACAGAAAAGAGGCUACAACCGAAACACGAGACGGCCGCCAAGGACGACCCCCUAGGUGAAAUUCGGAAGCAGUUUGGUAUUCACAUUCCCAUCACGGCGGACAAGACGGGCGAGCGUAAGCGGCAGACACGAUUUUUGGAGAACUUAAUGGCAAUCAAAAAGAAGAGGGGCGAGACGGACGAAGUAACAGUGUAUGCGCAUGCGGCGCCGCGGCAUAUCAAUGAGGGCACGUCUGGGCGUAGGAAAAAGCGGAAGCCGUUGCCCGAGGGACCACCAAGGAAGCGCCGGGGCCGUGGCGGCGCAGCAUCCGGCGGACGCGGAGGCCCUUCAGCGAUGGAGAUUGGUUUUGACAAGAAGAGCAUCGGUGCCGCUGCGCAAAGUGACGCGGCUGGCGGUGCUGGUCCUGGUGGUGCGGAGGAUGGGGCACUGUCAACGCCUACGCCAGCUGCAUGGACGGAUCUGCAGGGGCAGGCUGACGGAGCCGCGAAUCAGGAUGCAGGCGCAAAUGAGUAUGAGGAUGGUAGCGAUAAGGACUCGGAGGAUUACGAAGAGGCUGAGGAGUGA